AUGCCCUCACUUGCUAUUCGAUGCCAAUUUACCUCCAGCCUCAGCUCGUUGAAGGCCAAGCUCACAACAUGCAAAAAAACUGUUGCCAGAUUUCGCAUACGAACGUCCUCGUCAAGCGACAACCGAAGAUCGAUCGAGGGUGAGCGACGCCACGUCCAGGGGCUAGGGUAUAUCAAGGCCGAUGUCUCGCCGCGUCGCAGUCGGAAGGCGGCUGCCGAAGCCAAGUAUGGAAAUAGGACGACCAGCAAUGAAAUAGUACGCGCCUCCGAUAUUGUGAGUGGCCUCCUAUUCUCAGUGCUGCUCGAACCCAUACAAUUCCGCUCCCAGACUACCGUCGACGGGUUCGCGUAUGACCGAUUGGAAGCUGAUAGCAUAGGCAUUCAUGUUGUUCCUCUACCCACAUAUCCACUUCAGUAA